AUGGACCACAGCGACGUCGUCAUCUCUAUCUCUCCGCCCUCGCACGCGUCCCCUGUCGAUCCGGCUCCAUCCCCACCUUACCUAAAAGUAAAGUGCGACGCGCCCGACAAGUUUGGCCAGACGCCACUGCAUCUUGCAGCAAUGCGAGGAGAGUUGCAGACAGUGCAGUUUCUCGUUGAGACGUUGGAGGCGGAUGUCAAGGCACUGGAUGCAAAGAAACGGACGCCGAGAGAUUUGGCGCAGUUGAAAAACUUUCGAGAUGUUGCGCGGUACCUUAAACAGAGUGAGCUGCGCGAUGCGGCGUCGAACAUUGCGGCCUUUACGUGGUGGUGUGAUGCAGGCAGCCGGGCGCCAUACCACUUCACAGUGCUCAAUGCGGUGAUUAUCUCGCUCUUGUAUCUGUUUGUUGUGCUGCCAGCUAUGCCAGACAGACGCAAUGUGAUGGUGCCGCACCUGGUGUGGAAUGCCGUGACGUGGUACUUUUUCUACCGCGCUGUGACCACCAGGCCUGGAAGUGCUUGUGACGACGAUGAGAAGUAUGCAAUAGCGUACAAUGAGGUCACAGAAGCCCUAAUUCGCGGAAACGAUGACGACGAAGAGGAAGACAAACGCGGAGAAAGAGUGAGCGUUCGUGCUCAGCGGGAAUGCAUCGAGCGCCCGCUGUGUCACACGUGCCACAUUCAGCGACCGUUGCGCUCCAAGCACUGCCGGAUUUGCAAGACAUGUGUUCCCGUUUUCGAUCAUCACUGCCCAUUUGUAGACAAUUGCGUGGGUCGCGAUAACUACGCAGCAUUCCUGAUCUUUCGUCACUUUCCUAGCCGUGGACCUAGUUGGAAUGGACUGAUGGUAUUUCACAUCUACCUCACGGCUCGCAACCGCACCACAAACGAGUUGCUCAAUGCAGAUCGCUACCGUUUUCAGCGUGGCGGCGAAGUGCGUUCGUACGACCGCGGCCUGAUCAAGAAUGUGGGCGAGCGCUGCUUUGGGAUUGCGAACGUAGAUGACGAUGAUGACGCAGAGGCAAAAGUCAAGCUGAUUGAAAAGCAGAGCAGCUCUCUUAUCGUGUAG